AUGGGCUAUGGCCGGGAAGAGGUCAGGGAGCAAGGGGGCCACGGGGAUCCGGGGCGUGGGACUCGGGGCCCGGCCAGAGUCUUAGGUAUCCGUAGCGCCCUCCUUCUUCCUCCUCUUCGCUGCAUACAACUCACGGUAAGUACUGGUUCACACAGUUCGUUCUCGGGGUGCUCACUCUCUUUCUCUUCCUCCACAGGCAACGGCUGGGACGCAAAGGCACAGUUAAUUCGGCUUGGUUUUGCUCUCACCUCUUCGCUGAUUGCAGCUCACAGUAUCAACUUGGGCACAAUAGCACAGUUAGUUUGCUUUGAAUGGCUCUCACCUCUGGGCUGGACACAGCGUACUGUAAGUACAGGUUUCGCUCUAUUUCUCCUCGCGUUAUCCACUCUCUCUCCUCCUCUCUACAGGUAUCAACUUGGACACAAAACACAGUUACUCUGCUUUGGAUGGCUUUCACCUCUGGGCUGGACACAACGUACUGUAAGUACAGGGUUCGCUCUAUUCCUCCUCGUGUUAUUCACUCUCUCUCCUUUUCUCUCCACAGGUAUCAACUUGGGCACAAUAGCACAGUUAGUUUGCUUUGAAUGGCUCUCACCUCUGGGCUGAACACAGCGUACUGUAAGUACAGGUUUCCUCUGUUUCUCCUUGUGUUACUCACUCUCUC